AUAACGUAAGUAUUUAAAUGCGUGAAAAAGUGCAAGAUAACCAUUUCCGCGGUGAUUUAGCGUUUCGUGUUUCUUUAACCUAUAAAAGCCCGAAGUCAGUGACAACCAAAAUGGCGCUACCACUUUUGUGAUAUUUGCUAAAACACUGCCUUUAGAAAAUAAUCUACGCUCGUUUUCACGCUAUAUACCAUGAAAGAUAUAUUUUUAGCACUAGUUUCUAUAUUACUUUCGUUUGUAUUUGUAUUCGCAGCGGUUUUAUUUGGUUGGUACGUUGUGUGGAAAUUAUUUCUUUCACAAUUUCGACUUGUUAGAGAACUCCUGGGUGCUGUAAACGAAAACGGAAGCACAACAGGAGAGGGAAGAACCCCAAGGAGACGAUUAAGAAGGGACUGAUAAAAAUAAUAAAUCAAAAUGAAUAUUCGAUGUGCUCGACCGGAAGAUUUAAUGAACAUGCAACAUUGCAACUUGCUUUGCCUGCCGGAAAACUAUCAAAUGAAAUACUACUUUUACCACGGUCUUAGUUGGCCUCAAUUAAGUUAUGUUGCUGAAGAUGAAAAAGGCAAUAUUGUGGGAUAUGUUUUGGCUAAAAUGGAAGAAGAUGGUGAAGAUUUAAAACAUGGUCAUAUCACCUCGUUGGCUGUAAAACGAUCUCAUAGAAGGUUAGGGUUAGCCCAGAAAUUGAUGGACCAAGCAUCCGAAGCGAUGGUAGAAUGUUUCGACGCGAAAUACGUCUCUUUACAUGUGAGAAAAAGUAAUAGAGCUGCUUUAAAUUUAUAUAAAAAUUCGUUAAAAUUCGAAACCGUCGAAAUUGAACCUAAAUAUUACGCCGACGGUGAAGACGCUUAUUCAAUGAAGAGGGAUCUUUCGGAAUUUGCUAAAAAAAUUAAAACACCAGUGAAUUGAUUUUCAAUGAAGAAGACGAAAAGGAUUGGACAUUUUUUUCUUUGGAUUAUGUUUGGAGUGGAUGUUUGUUUUUCGAUUUAGAUGUACAAAGAACUUUUUUUCCUUGUAAAUUUGUUUAUAACAUUACAAUAAAAACUUUGAUAUAAAGUUA